CUGCCGGUACACUGGUAGUCUCAUGCAGGUAGAAGCAGGCUGGCCAUGGCGGCCCCCGCCACGACGGCCACCCCCCACUACAACGCCCUCCUCCGCUGCGCUUCCGACCACCGCGACCUCCUGCUCGCCUUCCGCGCCAUGCUGCGCGGGGGCGUUGCGCCGGACCACUUCACCUUCCCCUUCGCGCUCAAGGCACUCGCCCAGACGGCCCCCCGGGGCUCGCCCUCGCCGCCGCCGUCCCGGCGCGAGCCCGCGCUGGGGUGCCUCCACGCGCAGCUCGCCAAGUCCGGCCACGCCGCCGACGUCUACGUCGCCACCUCCCUCGUCCACGCCUACGCCUCGGGCGACGCUGCCUCCGCGCGCGCGGCCUUCAACACCGCGCGCCUCCGGAACUUAGUCAUCUGGACGGCGAUGAUCGCCGGCCACGCCGCGGCGGGUGAGGCGCGGGAGGCGGUCUCUCUGUUCAGGGAGGCCGUGGAGUGCGGGCGGGAGGUUAACGCCGUCACGGUCGCGCAGGUGAUGGCUGCGUGCGCCCAGUGCGGGGACGUGGAGAGCAGGAGGUGGGUGCACGCAACGCUCCGUCUUUGGGGCGUCGAGCCCGUGCUGGCGGACAUCGCUCUUGCCACGGCUGUCCUGGACAUGUAUGCACGAUGCGGCGGUCUCAGCGCCGCAUUCGAGGUGUUCGAUGAAAUGCCUCGGGGAAACGAGGUAUCUUGGAAUGCCAUGAUUGAGGUCUGCAGUCGGCAUGGAGGUCUGGAUAAGGUUUUAGAGGUGUUUUCCAGCAUGCACGCUGCCGGGAUGAAGCGCCACCUUGGAGAUACAAGCUUAGGCCGUGGGGUGCACGCCUACUUGGAGAAGACAAAUGGUUGUCAACAUGUCGCAGUUUGCACAUCUCUCAUGGAUAUGUACUCAAAGACUGGCAAUGCACAGAUAUUCCGUUGUCUUAAAGUGAAGGAUUUGAUGGCGUGGACAAGCAUGAUCAUCGGUUUGGCCAAACAUGGCCAUGGAGAAGAUGCAGUGCAGCUUUUCAACCAGAUGAAGUGUGGUGGUGCUGUUCCAGAUGAUGUAGCAUUCCUAGGCGUGCUUACUGCUUGCAGCCAUGCAGGAAUGGUGGAUGAGGGAAAAAAGUACUUCAACUCCAUGAUGAUUAUUUACAGAAUCAAACCAACAAUCAAACAUUACGGUUGCAUGAAUGAUCUCUUGAGCCGGGCAGGUCACUUGGCGGAGGCUGAAGGGAUGCUGCAAUUGAUGCCUAUUCAGCCCAGUAUCACAAUAUGGGGAAGUAUGUUGAACGGUUGCAAGAUAUAUGGCAGGGCUGAUAUAGCUGAGAGGAGAAGGCAGGUUGCUGUACUGAAUCCUCAGUUUGGCGCAAUCUAUGUGGUUCUGUCCCAUAUAUACGCUGGAUUUUGUAGGUGGCAUGCUGUUGAGCAGACUCGAGGGUUGAUGCGGCAGAGAGGACUGAAGAAGAGUAUUGGCUCCAGUGGCAUUGAAGUGGCCAUGCUGUGCUCCUGAUUCUUAAAUUAAACUGUCUGCUCAUCUUAUACAACAAGUUAAGUGAGAAGAAUUUUAUGGACACAUCAUGGACAUGGAACGCAGGACUACCAUCAAGGGUGUGUCCACGCUUGUAAAAAGUGUCGAGAUUGUCAAUUAUGUACAUUAUGUGGAGAGAAAGAGGUAAAGAUCCAACUGGCUUACUACGCUUGUACCUGUGAAGUUGUUUAUUCUUAACUUAAUUACCAUCGUUUUCCAAAAGCUAGACCAUUAUUGUACUCUGCCCUUAAUUAGAUGAAUGUACAGUAGAUGAGAUUUUUUUGGUAGAUCAUUCUUUACCAUAUAGCUCUAUCUACUUCAUACAAAGAAGGAUGCACGCCAUUU